GUGUGUGUGUGUGUGUGUGUGUCCAACCUGCUACGCUAUGCUUUAUCUAUUCUGGGUGGCCGCAAAAAACGUAUCCAAACUCAUAAAACGAUAAAAUUGGGACAAAAACAGCAGUACUACGUCGCAUUCACCACUCCUUCCCCUCUUCCCUCUCCACUUCCCCCUCAGCCUGUGCGUGCAUCUCGAGACUGAGCGGGCUGCUUUAUUUGAUCCCAGUGGUCUAAAAAACUUGUGUGCUGCGUGAAGACAAGUCAGUGAGGGAAUUAAUUAUUUGAUUGACUCUGGAUUUUGUUUAUUUGGUUUGUUUGGACGUUGCCUGGUUUCAUUUCAUUACUUGUUGGGUGCAUUUUUCUUUCUUUUUUUUUACCUGAUUUGAUUUCCUAUUGGCUACUCGUCUGUGUGUGUGUGUCUGUGUGUGUGUGUGUGUGUGUGUGUGAGGGAUGUGCGUUGGUGGCGAGAUUUGUCAGUCAGAGAAGGAAGGGAGACCGAGAAGGACGUCACAGUCUUUGCUCUCUCAAUUCCUCCAUCUAUACACCAAGAUAACGAGGGAGGACUAAGGAUGGCCUAGACGUCUUCUUUAGGAAUCCACCUCAAGAGAGAAUGUCACCAAGGAACCGCGUAGGAAUGGUGAACAACGGCGUGCUUUGCUUUCAACUACUGCUCCUGCUGGCUUGUUCUCGUGGAGGUUCUUCCAGUGACCCAACGAGAAGAGAUUUCGGUCCCACAUAUUCGUGGCACUGUGAUGGCCCUAACGACGGCAGGAUGAUAGAUACCUCAGGGUACCCGGUGAUGCUGAGCAGCAGCAAACCUGGAUCAUGCGUUGUGACUGACCAAGUCUUCGGAGGCUGCAACGCUGCCCCUCCACAACUUUCUAGAUAUAAGGGCAAGAAAGAGUGGCAAAACUCGAAUAAUGAUGACAUAGCAGUGUAUUACUGGUGUGAUUUCGGCGAAAGGACGUCAACAGAAAAAUAUGGCCUCUUUACUUACUGCAUUAAUGGCGAAUGGACACCCAUUGAUGACGAGUGCCUGCAAGAGUGCAACAGGCAGAGAGAAUGCUCGGAGCUUUAUGAAAGUAAUGACGGUGCUUAUGACAUUUGUCCCCUGAAAUACGGCAGCCCAGUUAGGGUAUACUGCAACAUGAACAGGGACCUCACUUUAGUGCUGAGAAUUGUGAGGGGAUCAGACUCCUUCAGCCUCACUAAGUCAGCGGCUCAAGACAAGCAAGGCAGCCUAGAGAGUGACUAUUUCAUUGGUCUGAAGAACUUGAUUGGUAUGCACUGGGAAGGAGACACCCCGAUACCACACGAUAUGGUCAUCUAUGAAAAAACUAGUUCCGGCCAGACAAAAGAGUGGGCGACUUAUAACAACCUCUUUCUCAACGGCACGGGAUUCCUGGUGAGCCUCGGGGACAACACAGGCGGCCUGGGUGAUGUCGUGAGAGAUAUAGAGGGCAAGGCCUUCUGUCCUGAGGACGGUGACGAAUGUUGGUGGGGAAAAUACAGUGACAUGCAGGCAAGUUUUUGCAUUGGUUGUUACUGUUGUUAA